GCACCUGGUUUUAAACAGAUCGAUACUACAAAGAACAUCACUGCCCUCCACGACUUCCUUUUCAGCUUUGUCCCCGGAGGUAUGUGUAGGCUGCACGACUUGGCGUCCGCGCCAUGUGCUCAUGAGGGAAUUCAACUUCUUCCUCAAGGAAUACUGCAUCCAGAAGGGCCAAACCCUCACCCAUGGGACAACACCCCAGGCGACCUCAGGUAACAUCAAAUGUGCGCUCUCCCCCUUAUACACAGCCUUCACAAUCUCCUCGGCUACCGUCUCGGGAUACAAACCCCUACCCUGAAACCCUUCGAACAACUUCGUGCGUGUGUAUCCCUGGCACAUGAUGAUAGUCCUCACACCUGGCGCCUUGUAAAUUUCCGAAAGCUCCGCAGCGAGGCCCUCGUGGAAUACGAGAGAUGCGGCCUUAGUAGAUGCGUAGUCGACCAUCCUGGGUGCGGUUGUGUAUGCAGCCUGCGAAGCGAUUGUGACAAUUUGCCCGUGAUUGCGCUCGAUCAUGGCUGGGAGAAACUGCUGCGCUAGGAAAUAGUGGGAUAUUGCGUUUACGUUGAAGGUGAGACGAAUAUCGAAUUCGGUGGAUUCGAGGAUGGACUUGCCGCGCGCACAGCCGGCGUUGUUGAUAAGGACCGUUGGGUCGCCCAGGGCGGACUUUAUGGCAGCUGCGGCAGAUGCGAUGCUCUUGGGAUCUGCUAGGUCGCACUGAAAGAAUUGGACAGAUGGAGGUGCUGUGUUUUUUGAACAUACGUUGUUAGUAUAUUUGCCUCUAUUCCUCGAUGAUUCUUUCAGGUUUUUCCAACGUACCUUCAUAAGUCAGCUUCUGAACAUCCAACACUGCAACCUUGACCCCCCUCUCCGCAAAAAGCUGCACAACAAU